CGGACCCGGAAGUGCUGGAGAACUGUUUACAUUUCGCCCUUUGUUCGGCUGGAAAACCCUAAAAAAAGAUGUCCAAAAAACGACCGGAGUACCACAGUCUGAAGGCCACGAUCGACCGGGAGUUCGCGGAGGUGGCCCGGGAGCUGCUGUGGCUGCUGCAGGAGCGCGGCCAGGCGGAGCUUGCGGAGCUGCGGCGGCUACUGGCGGGGCGGGUGGCCGCGGCCCUGGAGCUGGUGCUGGCCGCGUUUGAGGCGAGCAGGGCGGCCGACGGAGGGACGAGGCCCCGGGGGCCCCGGGGAGCCGGGCCCGGGGGGCAGGGCGGAGAGUUUUGUCUGUCAGUCGGCGUUAGGACUCUCUCUGAUGACAAACAUCUGAAGCAGGACGUCUCAGCGGACAAACAACCGAAGGAAGCUCUGCCCAACCCCUGCUCAAGAGCAGAGACGGUCGCAGAGCUGGACCAGCGGUCGGCGUCUCCAGACCAUGAAUCGGGAGAGGAGGAAAAGGACGAAAAUGAUGCAACAGAAGCAACGCCUCACUGCUGCAGAGUCUGUGGAAAAUCAUUUGAAAGAAAAGGGUUUUUGCUUAAACAUGUGGAGAAACACUCAAAGGACGACAAGUGUCUUUGUGGUGUGUGUGGUGAAAGUUUGGAGACUAUUGAUGGUCUGAGAAAGCAUCUUCAAACUCACCGUGACAGCAGCAGGACCUGCGAUAUCUGUGGGAAGAAGUUUCCAUCGAUUCGAGCUCUGGAGACACACCUAAGGCUGCACACGGGAGAGAAGCCCUUCAGCUGCUCCGUCUGUGCAAAGGCUUUCAACCAGAAGGGUAACAUGGUGACUCACAUGAAGACCCACGGGACGGAGAAACCAUUCACAUGUACUUUCUGCUGCAAAGAGUUCAGUCAAACAAACUCUCUGGAGCGGCACAUGAAGUCCCACGAAGAGCAGAUGCCCUUCAGCUGCAAAGUCUGCGGAAAAGGCUUCUCAACGAGCAGCGAUCUGACGCAACAUGCCCGGAGCCACAAUUCCAGUAAUCAGCCAAUUAAAAGGAACAAACGAAGGAAACCCAGUCUGACACCUUCUCACUCCUGCAAGGUUUGCGGGAACUCUUUUCACAAUAAAGGUAACUUACUCCGGCAUGCAGAGACGCAUAUAAAUGAGCCCGAUUUUCUCUGUGGAGUCUGCGGCGAAGGGUCAGAGUCUCUUGAGAGCAUGCAGCUCCACAUCCAGAGCCACAGAGAAACGAGCAGGAUCUGUGAAAUCUGUGGCGUCAACUUCAGAGACAUGGAGAUCCACAUGAGGACGCAUACCGGCCAAAAACCCUUCAGAUGCAAGGAUUGUGCUAAAGAGUUCCCCAGGAAAAGCUCGCUGGAGAGACACAUGAAGUUGCAUGCUGGCGAGAGGCCGUACAUCUGCGAGUUCUGUGGAAAGACUUUCAUUGAAAACACUGUCCUGAAGAGGCACAUUAAGAGCCACACGGGAGGUAAACCCAGAAUUUACCCCUGCGAGAUCUGCGGCAAGAAGUUCACCGUGAGCCAACAUCUGGAUGUUCACAAGAGGAUCCACACGGGCGAGAAGCCUUAUUCCUGCAAAGUCUGCAACAAGAACUUCCGACAGAUUGGUAACCUGGACUCUCACAUGAGGAUCCACACGGGCGAGAAGCCGUUCAUCUGUAGCCUCUGUGGAAAGAGGUUUCGGCAGAAAAUCUCGCUGGAGACGCACGAGAGGUUCCACAAGAAAGACAAAGCGUUCACCUGCCAGCACUGCAGCAAAGGCUUUGUUCAGAAGAUUGACCUGAAAAGACACAUGCUGACUCACACGGGCGAGAAACCCUUCAGCUGCUCUGCCUGUGGGAAGAGCUAUCAAGAGAAACGCUCCUUGGACUCGCACAUGAAGGUCCACGUUGGAGAGCAGAGCAGCAAAGAUGCAGCGGUGACGUCCAACUCCAAGCAACUGGAAGGAGCUCACCCUGACUUUAUCCAGCUGUGACCUCCAAACAUGAGCAGACGGACUUGGACUUGGUUUGAACUCCAACAUCAGCUGAGAAUAUGUUACCAUGCAGUUUCCUUUCAAACUUCCUUCCAUCUUUGCUCAGAGGUACAGACACAUUGCAGAAUGAGUCCCUAUCAUGAUCCAACAGAAACUGUACACAACAGAAAUGUGCUUUCAUACUUUCUCCAGGCCAUUAAAGCAGCAUAAUGUAACUUUCAGCUUUUGUUGAGUUUGGCGACUCCUUUGGACAAAAGCGGUAGUGCUUUACCAGAAAGAACACUACAUUUCCCAUGAGCACCAGCGCGUACUGCCUCCUCCGAUAAAACUUUUAUUUUCUUGUGUUUUUCCGCUGCUUCGGCCAUGACACCAGCUUCUGCUGAGCUCUGCGCUCCACGCCCCGCCCAGCUUUGGUCUGGACUACGAAUGGGGAAGGAGGGGGAAGUGACGUAUGCCGUAAAGCAGUCAAAGCCGUAAAAAUGUGUAGUUUUUUAGUGUGGAAGGGUUCCUACCAUGCUCCUCAAAGUUACAUAGUGCCAGUGAAGGUGAUACAGACCGAUACAAAAACCACAAUUCCUCCACUAAACCCGUGUCCUCUUUCCUGUCUGGCGACCCCGGUAGCAUGAGUAGGCUACAGUGUUGAAACAUUUAUAUUGGAUUGAGAGGAAAGUUUAUUCGGGCCUCCAAAUAGCAGUUAGACUCAUUUACAGGACAAGAUCCCGUUAUCUUCAGGUUCACCUUUCUGGUUCUAAACAAGUCUGUGAAAAGGAGGCAGGACUUUCUGAAUGUCCUAAAGCAGCCAGGAUUACUUGAAUGACUUUGACUUAAGGCCUUUGCUCCUCUAGGGUGCAUAGGCCGUUGACAAAUGUCCUCCAUUUCACUGGGCUAAGACCGUCAUGAUGAGGUUAGUUUUACCCUACUGAUGAUGUGUUGUUGCAAUAGUAAUCCUGCUCAGUACGAGAGGAACCGCAGGUUCAGACAUUUGGUGUAUGUGCUUGGCUGAGGAGCCAAUGGUGCGACGCUGCCAUCUGUGGGAUUAUGACUGAACGCCUCUAAGUCAGAAUCCCGCCUAGACGUAACGAUACCGGAGCGCUGCGGAUCUUGGGUUGGUCCAGGAUAGCCGGCUCCAGCCGGUGCGGAGAGCCACUCGCGACGGGGCCGAAGGACGGUCGCACCUCUCCCUGUUUGUGGAGAACCUGGCGCUAAAUCACUUGCAGACGACCUGAUUCUGGGUCAGGGUUUCGUGCGUAGCAGAGCAGCCACCUCGCUGCGAUCUAUUGAAAGUCAGCCCUCGAUCCAGCCAGGAUUAACUCUAAUAAUUUUAACAAUUUUAAUAAAGAAAACUUCUGUUUGCAAGAUUGCAUUAAUUUCAGCACAAAUUCAAACCACAGUUCCCUUGUCUCUCACAGUUUCUGAAAUUGUACGUAAUGUGAGGAUGUUAUUUUGGACUUUAGGAGUUUAAGAUGUUUUCAGGCUUGUUUGUUUUUGUGACAUUUGGUAACUCAAUCAGUCAAUGACAUAAUAAGAUAGUGGAUAAUGAAAGUAAUUGUUGGCUGCAGUGCUGAAAGAACCACCUGGGUUCUGAAAGUGAGUUUGUUACAGCUGAGAUUCAUUGAUUCAUUCAAACCUUCACGCAACUUGCAAUGAUGUUGAGAUACAGACAAUCAGCUUCAUCUGGCACUUAACUUUGAAAAUACGAAGAACUUUAACUUGCAUCUUGUGAUAUACUUACUGACCUUUCUAAGUUAUCGAUGGUUUAUUGAGUAUUUUUCUUUUAAAUGUCAGUUAUUUUUGACUGUCUCCAUUGAUCCAUAAAACAUGUGAAAAUGUCCAUCACAAACUUGACGGUUUCAUGUGUACUGCCUUGUC